AGACGCGACUGGCGGACGCGCGGUGCGGGCGCCCUGGCCGUGCCCGGCGGGGCCCACGCGGCUGCCCCGCGCCCAGCGCGGCCCGGGUAGGCGAGGCCGGGGCCGGUCGGCCCGGCCAUGCCGCUGGAGGCGCAGGACGCGCUGUACGUGGCGCUGGAGCUGGCCAUCGCCGCGCUGUCGGUGGCGGGCAACGUGCUGGUGUGCGCCGCGGUGGGCACGUCGAGCGCGCUGCAGACGCCCACCAACUACUUCCUGGUGUCCCUGGCGGCGGCCGACGUGGCCGUGGGGCUGUUCGCCAUCCCCUUUGCCAUCACCAUCAGCCUGGGCUUCUGCACCGACUUCCACAGCUGCCUCUUCCUCGCCUGCUUCGUGCUGGUGCUCACGCAGAGUUCCAUCUUCAGCCUCCUGGCUGUGGCCGUCGACAGGUACCUGGCCAUCCGCGUCCCGCUCAGGUAUAAGAGUUUGGUCACUGGGACUCGAGCGAGAGGAGUCAUUGCUGUCCUCUGGGUCCUUGCCUUUGGCAUUGGACUGACUCCAUUCCUGGGGUGGAACAGUAAGGACAGUGCCACCAACUGCACGGAGCCCUGGGAUGGAACCACGAAUGAAAGCUGUUGCCUUGUGAAGUGUCUGUUUGAGAAUGUGGUCCCCAUGAGCUACAUGGUAUAUUUCAACUUCUUUGGGUGCGUCCUGCCCCCACUGCUCAUAAUGCUGGUGAUCUACAUCAAGAUCUUCAUGGUGGCCUGCAAGCAGCUUCAGCGCACUGAGCUGGUGGACCACUCCAGGACCGUCAUCCAGCGGGAGAUCCACGCAGCCAAGUCCCUGGCCAUGAUUGUUGGGAUUUUUGCUCUGUGCUGGCUGCCAGUACAUGCCAUCAACUGUGUCACCCUUUUUCAGCCAGCUCGGGCUAAGGACAAACCCAAGUGGGCAAUGAACAUGGCCAUUCUCCUGUCACAUGCCAACUCAGUUGUCAAUCCCAUUGUCUAUGCCUAUCGGAACCGAGACUUCCGCUAUACUUUUCACAAAAUCAUCUCCAGGUAUGUUCUCUGCCAGACAGAUGUCCUCAAGAGUGGGAAUGGGCAGGCAGGGACACAGUCUGCCCUUGAUGUGGGCCUAUGACCUAGGUCCUGGCCUCUUCAAGAAGGCACACAUUCAUAAUAAACAAAGGGAUGGGACAUGACUGGCUGAUUCCCGUUGUUAAAAGACAGCUACACCUUGUAAGCAUAUGGGCUGCUGCUUCUGAGUACUUCCCCUGGAGUUACCACAUACCUAGCUAAUAAGUACAUGUUAUUAGUCGGCUCCAAAGGCUCACAAAUAUAUUUAUGUUUUUUUUCUGGCUGCUCUGUGUGGAUGAUGCUGAUGGCCUGAGUGGAUUGUAAAAGACUGUUUUGCUUUUUUAAGAGUCUGCCUCUUUCAUGGUAGAAAAUGAAAUAUUUUACUGUGAAACACUGUAAACUAUUAUAAUACAAAUGUUUUUUUUUUUUUUAACUUAGAGGCAGUGAAAGAAUAAAAGUUGAACAUACUAAAAAUGUAUACUUGUUCCUAGGAAGGUGACCAGGAAAAUUAAAAGUGUAAUUCUUCAGUCAAGAAACUGCUAUAUUUAUUUGGGGAAAUGGUACUCUUGUAAGUUCUUAAGUAGAAUAUAAUCAGGUAACCGUUUUGGUAACGUUCUUUUCCAUGUACUGCAAACUACUCCAGAGGAAGAAACUGGGGAAAUGUUUCUACCAGACUGCACAGCCCCAUCUACAGUUAGGUAGUGAAGUUCAUUUCUCUACGAAGCUCAAGUUUGGCCAAGUUGCUGGAGCUCAAGUGUGAAAAUUUUAAUAAGUCAAAAUCAUAUAACUGUGUAUAUCUAUUAGGUGAAAUAAAGUAAAACUUGAAAACCAA